UCUUGACUCUCUCGUAGCACCCGCAACAACUUCAGAUACACCUCACUCGAUUUUUCCUGCAAAACACAAACACACACAAAGGUGACAGUAUCUUGUGACAGACUCAUUUUUUUCUUCUCAAUCUCUCCAGGAAUUAACAUGGACUUAUGCUAGAUGUUUUUUUUUUUUUAUUACCACUGUAAUGGGUUACCAUCUCUCUCCCUGCCUAACUUGGGUCCUUUCCAGUGAGAAGAGGAUGGAGCAUUAAUCGCAUGUUGAAUCACUGCUCUGUGCUCACAAUUAAUCCCUCUUAAUGGUCUUAAAUCACUAUGCUCAGGUUGUACAUUCUCAUUAUUACUCUCUAUUAAUUUAGUGUUUAAAUGGCAUAGCUUUGUAUCUCAAUAAGGUUAUACAAAUGUGCUAUGAGUGCAUAUUUAUAAUGUUGAAUAAUAAUAUUCUAUUCUGGGCAACAUAAUAAACAAAGCUCUUUGCAGUCAGACCUGACUGACUGCCCUGUUAGUGUUAAAGUGCAGGAGUGGAUUUAUAAAGUCAUAGUAAAGCUACACUUGUACAAGGGAAAACGUUAUUUUAUUAAUCAGAGUUUUUAGAUCACCUCAAUCCCAUAGACCAUUUCAAUACAACUAAAUAAUUCAAUUAAAAGAAAUAAAAGUUUAUUUCUGUAGCCAUUUUAAGAACAGUUUUGUAGAAUUCUGAGUCUACUUUCCAUGUGGCAACUAAAAUGUCCCAAGACAGAAUAAGGAACUAUUAGAGUUUGAGUUUAUAGUAUUGAACUAUUAUUUUUGUGUUUCUUUUAUAUGAAACAAGAACUGCCUUUCAACAAUGCACUGUUAAGAACAAUAAUAAUCAGAGAGAGAGAGAGAGAGAGAGAGAGAGUUUAUUUACCUAUGCAUGAAGCAUGAGACAGAUUUUUGUGUGUCAUGUGAUUUCAGGGAAGUGACUCAGCCCCACCUCUUACACAAUAAACCACAGAGCAGGUUUCACUUAGAGAAGAUAACUUAAAGCAAACAGCAACAGACAGACAGCGACAGGAAGAGGAAGAACAAUGCUGAAAAACGGUCUUUACACAGCCCAACCGGAGUCCAGAGUCAAUUUUGUGCUGUUUGGAAACACCUCUGCAGUCCACUUUGGACCUGAAAAUGUACUACUUGGACAAGACCUACCCAUUCUAAACAACACAGAGUUCUCUCAGAUUGUCCCAGUAUCAAGAAUGGUAUCAGGACGUAAUGUUUCUGUCAUCAAUAUCCUUGGCUUGGAAGAGACUGAAUUCUCCCCACACAUCAUGCAUCAGUUCAUUAGUAGACUUGUUAAAGAAAAUGAAAUCCAUGCUUUCAUCUUUGUGCUUCAACUGAACCGGUUAACAGACACUAAUAAAUUGGGACUAGAAUGGCUGAAAAACACAUUUGGAGAAGAUGCUCUUUCUUUUGUGAUGAUUCUAUUCACUUAUGAGAGAGAGGAGGAGUGUGACACCAUUGUAGAUGACUUGAAGAAAAACAGUGUUCUAGAGCAACUGACACGGCAAUGUGGAGGCAGGUACCACACAUGCAGCAAGAGCAUGAACAACCAAUCAGAAUUGAGAACACUGCUAGAGAAGAUUGACCGCCUCACCUCUGAUAAUAAUCAGCGCUGCUACACUGUUGAGAUCUACAACACAGCCUUCAGUCAGCAAACAGGUUUAUUCCAACUGCAGAGAUGGCAAAGUCUGUCCACAAUGUCUGAAGUGAGGAUUGUGCUGCUGGGAGAAAAUGUUCCUCUGACCAACAGAGUGGGAAACUUCAUCCUGGGCAGAUCUGCAUUUGGGACUGACGAUCUUCUUCCUUCAGAAAAGAUGCACAGUGAGAGAGCCAGUGGUCAUGUGGAGGGAAGAACCAUCACCAUCAUCAACACACCUCAUCUCUAUAACCCUCAACUCUCUCAGGAGGAACUGACUCGGAGAGUAAAAGAGUGCAUUUCUCUCGCUGAUCCUGGACCUCAUGUGUUUCUGUUAGUGCUUCACUCAGAAUUAAUCACACAUGAGGAGCAAGACAGAGUCAGAAGCGUAUUAGCCACUUACAGCCCACUGUCUAGGGAACACUCAAUAGUGAUAACUACAGGUGAAGACCAUGGAUUCAUCAGUGAAUGUGAAGUGAGACACCACAGAAUCCAGAAUAUAUCUACAUUUGAUAAACAUCAGGUUCUUCCGCUUUUGAAGAAGAUAGAUCAGGUGCUGAAGGAGACUGGAGGAAGUGACCAGAUCUGCAGAAUGACUGAACCUCAAAAAGGCAGUGUGCCAGAGAAGAAGCAAUCAGGAACCCUAGGAAGACAGCAAGAUCAUUUGACUGAAAUCACAGCAAAGACAGAUAGAGAUACAGUAGAAGGACACCUGGAGGAGAGUAAAGAAUCAAAGCAAACACAUUUUAAAAUGGUGCUGCUUGGGAGAGAAGAGACAGUAAAGACCUCAAUAUAUAAACAAUUAAAAGGUAAAAAUACUUCACUGUCAAGCUCGAUGUGUGUAAAGCAGGGAGAAGUGUGUGGACACCUGAUCACGCUGGUGGAGAUGCCCGCUCUCCACAACACUCAGCUCUCAGAACAGGAAGUGAUGCGUCAGACUCUACACUGUGUCUCCAUCUGUGAUCCUGGAGUUCAUGCUUUCCUCAUCAUCGUUCCUGAGGGUCGUCUCACUGAUGAAGAUAAAGGAGAAAUAGAGUUGAUUCAGAGGAUCUUCAGCUCCAGAGUUAAUGACCACAUCAUAUUCAUCAUCAACCAGCAGUCCCAGAAGGAACAGUUAGAUGAGACACUUCAGUCUGUGAUAAAGGCAUGUGAGGGACAAUAUACAUUCUACAGCAGCAGAACAGAUGCAGCAGAACUGAUUACACGUGUGGAAAAGCUUCUUAAACAGAACAGCAGUCGUCUGUAUACGAUGGCCAUGUACUCUGAAGCCCAGCUUGAAAUACAGCUGCAGUACAAAAGAGAAAUUGGAAAUCUGCAACAACAAAUGACUGAAGUCAUGAUGAGAAACAGAAAUCAAACACAAGAUUUAUUAAAAAACCCUGACACACUCAGAAUUGUGCUGUUGGGGAAGACUGGAGUUGGGAAGAGUGCAACAGGAAACACCAUUCUAGGAAAAGAAGUGUUUAAAGAAGACCUGUCUGAUGAAUCAGUAACCAGUGUGUCUCAGAAAGAGACAGUAGAAGUCAAUGAGAGAGAGAUUACUGUGAUCGACACUCCAGGACAGUUUGACACAAAUAUCAAUAAUGAUGAAACUAGGAAAGAGAUUAUUAAAUGCAUGUUCAUGGCAGCACCUGGUCCUCAUGUGUUCCUGUUGGUGCUGAAAUUAGGAAAUCGCUUCACACAAGAGGAGAGAGAGGCAGUGAAAAUUAUUGAAAAGGCUUUUGGUGAGAAAUCUAACAUGUACACUAUUGUACUCUUCACUGGAGGUGAUCUGCUAAAAUCGAAGAAAAUUGAACAGUACAUGGAAGGUGCUGGGAAAAAUUUAAAGAAACUUUUGUCUGAGUUUGGGGACAGAUAUCAUGUUUUCAACAACAAUGAAAAAAACAGUAACACCCAGGUCCAGACUCUCCUGAAGAAGAUUGAUGACAUGGUGGCACUGAAUGGAGGAAGCUACUACACUAAUGAGAUGUUCCUACAGAUUGAAAUGGAAAAGCAAGCAAAACUUCAAGAGAGAAUAUGGAAUGAAAAAGAGCAGCAGAUGAAGAACGAGGGAGAAGAACUGAAAGCUAAACACAGAGAAGAAAUAGAAAAGCUGAGUAGGAUUAUACAAGAACAAAAACAGAACCAAGAGAAGGAUCAAAUGACAAUGGAAAUGUGGAAGAAGAGGGAAAUUGAUCUAGAAGACGCAUUAAAUUCCAGAAAUGCAGAGCUGCAACAAAUGAAAGAAACUGUUGAUCAAGAAAGACGGAGAUUAAAGGAUACAGAGCAGAACUAUAAGAAGAAUAUGGAAAUGUGGAAGAAGAGGGAAAUUGAUCUAGAAGACACAUUGAAAUCCAGAAAUGCAGAGCUGCAACAAAUGAAAGAAACUGUUCAUCAAGAAAGACAGAGAACUGAAACAGUCUCAGAUCAACUUAAAUCCCAUGAAGAAGAACGUACAAUAAAGGAUCAACAAGAACAAAUGAGAAAAGCAAAGGAGGAGGAAGAGCGAAGAGCUUUAGAGACUAAAUUAAAACAGACAGAGGAAGAGAAAAAUCAUCUAAAAGAUAGACUGCAAGUAGAAGAAAAGAUGAGAAGGGAAGCCCAAAACUCUUAUAACACAAUCAUGAAAGAAGGCUCAUACCUCAAGUGGCAGAAAGACCAGGAUGGUCAAGAAAGAAUGGAUGAAAUUCAGGAAAUCAAGAAGUGCUGCCCUGAGUCAACAGCUGCAAAAAAGGGAGAAGAAAUCAUCAAAAAGAAGAAAGAAUUUGAAGAACUUAUGAUCAGACUUAACUUUAUGGAUUGGCAACAAAAUCUUCUGACCACUACGGACUGUCUUGAAAUAACUAAAUCUUCACAAAAUGAUCACAAACCUGAGAUUAAUGUGACACAAAUCUUCCUAAAGCAACUAUUAAUGAUGAAUUACAAUGCAAGAUACUGCAUUAAAAAAGAAAACAAAAAACUACUUCAUAAUUCUAAAGAGCCAGAAAUUGAGAUCCACCCCAUGGAUAUCCAGAUGGCAGUGUUUCACUGCUCUGAUCAUUUCCUGAAGCAGUUAAUAGUGAAUAAACUGGCUCAGUGUCAGUACGCUCUGCCUCUGCUGGUGCCCAAUCCCUUCACCAGAGAGAUCGAGUUUCCUCUGUGGACCUUUCGGCAAAUCAAGAAGAGCUGGAGGACAGGAAAUUCCACAAGUGAGGAAAAAAAUAUUGUUGAGACAGAAACUCCAAUGGUGGCAUUCUUCAGGUUUGGUUCUGUAUCUUUGUCCAAGUCUCAGCUGAUUAACAGGUUGAUCAAUGAGAAACAUGACACAUUCUUCCACAGACACUGUCCAGGCAGCAGCAAGAACCAGCUACUGAUGGACGGAGUGGUGGAGAUCGCAUGGUACUGCCCAUCUGGAAAAAGCACUGAUAAUUUCACUGAAUGUAUUGCAUUCUGUAAUCUUCAUGGUGAAGCUGGAUCUAACAUAACACAGCAUGAUAUUUUAAUGAAGAUGUCCUCUCUAAAUGUUGCCUUUUUACCUGAUUUUGGACAGAAAAACCACUACAAGGGUUUGGUGAAGCGGCUCUUUAGGUCCCCAAAGCCUCUGAUUUGUAUUCUGACAGAUGAUGACUCUUCUAUAACAGAGAUGGGGGAGGGGAAGUACAGCAUUGGAUUAAAGGACAGAAAUCAGCAUGAUGUAUGUGAAGAGCUGAAAGAGACCAUACGACACUGUCUGGCAAAAGAGCCCAAGGCCUUUAAACUAGAGGAUCUGGCUGAAGCCAAAGAGGUCAGAGUUGAUGAAGAUAAUGGACUCUGUAAGAAUGGAAAGAAAGCUGCCCUCGAAAUAAUCAAUCUGCUGAAGAAUAAUGACCAGUUAUUAGACAAAGAAAGAAGUCUACCAUGUCAGGGAAAACUGUGGCAUGACUGGUGUCAGAAGAACAAAGAACUACACCGACCUCAUGGAAACAACAUAGAAAUGUACACAGGUAAUAAAAACAUGGAAAUGAACAAAAUCCGGAAAAAACAGCAAGAACAUGGCCUAAGCAAACUCAUGAAUUGCUUUAUCAAAGGACUGAAUUCCGAGCAUGCCAGUGAGAAACUGUAUCUCCUGAAAUGGAUUGAAAUCCUCCUGAACAAGUUAACUUCAGAACGUCUCUACACCUUGCAACAGGAGUAUGGGGAAAACUGGUCAACACAUUUGGAAUUAAAGAAGUCUCAUGAUAAAGCAAAGCAACAGGCAACUAAAGAAAAGCUUGAUGAAUUGUCAGAGCAGCUGAAGGCUGCAUCUUUUGGCUUAGAGCAUAUUCUGAGGGAGAUGGGCCAGAUAUAUGAGUCAAGUCAGUCUGUAAAAACUCCAAAUACAGAAACGAAAAAAAAAAUAAAAAAUUCUCUAUUUCCUGCCCUUGCAGCUAAACUUGUGUAUGCUGGAUACCCAUUGGAGCUGAUGGAUGGAGAUGCUGUUCAUGUACCUCUGAUCUGGGUUUCAGCAGUUCUAGAUGAGCUUGUGAAGAUACUGGGAGACCAGAGAGUGUUUGUGCUGUCGGUGUUGGGGAUUCAGAGCUCUGGGAAAUCCACCAUGCUGAAUGCCAUGUUUGGUCUCCAGUUUGCUGUCAGUGCUGGAAGGUGCACCAGAGGAGCCUUCAUGCAGCUGGUCAGAGUGUCAGAGGAGAUGAAGAAAGAGCUGAAGUUUGACUACAUUCUAGUUGUUGAUACUGAAGGACUUCGAGCACUUGAGCUCGCAGGUACAUCCACUCAACAUCAUGACAAUGAACUUGCCACAUUUGUUGUUGGUCUUGGAAACCUGACCUUGAUCAACAUCUUUGGAGAGAACCCUUCUGAUAUGCAGGACAUCCUUCAGAUUGUUGUCCAGGCCUUCUUGAGGAUGAAGAAUGUCAGAAUAAAGCCCAGCUGUUUGUUUGUCCAUCAGAAUGUUCCAGAUGUUACUGCUGAACAGAAAAACAUGGAGGGACGGAGAAAAUUGCAAGAAAAUCUGGAUAAAAUGACCAAGCUGGCUGCCCAGGAAGAAUUCUUUGAAGCAGAACAUUUUAGUGAUGUCAUUGCAUUUGACAUAAAAAAAGACGUGAGGUACUUUUCACAGCUGUGGGAGGGAAGCCCACCCAUGGCUCCUCAAAACCCAUUAUACACUGAAAAUGUUGAAGAGCUGAAGAAGACCAUACUGUCCAAUGCCUCAAAUGUUCAUAUUCUAACACUGACACAAUUGAAAUCCCGGAUUAAAGAUCUCUGGGAAGCGCUUCUAUGUGAAAACUUUGUGUUCAGUUUCAGAAACACACUGGAGAUUGCAGAAUACAGAAAACUGGAGGAGAAAUAUGGAAUAUGGACCUGGACUCUUAGGAAUGCCAUUCUCUUAAUACAAGACAAACUACACACCAGCAUCAACAACAAACAAGUGUGCAAAGCUGAUUAUAAGGACAUUGUGGACGAAAUGAAAGAAACAUUUAAUAAAGUGACAGAAUCAGUGCAAUGUUACUUUGAAGAAAAUGAAGAAGGGAUAGACAUUAUUCGGCAAUGGAGAGGCACGUUUAUGAAAAAGGUUCAAGAUCUGCAUGACGAACUUGUGAAACAAACAGUGAGAGAACUGCAUGAAAUCAUUUACCAAAAGCAAACUUGCAAAAACCUGGAAGAGAGGAAAUCUCAGUAUGAGGCAGAACUUUUUAAAAAGAGCAAAGAGUUUGCCUUAAAUCUGAAAAGCAAAACAAACAAUGAAAAGCAGUUGGAAGAACAGUUUGAUUUACUGUGGAAAAAAUGGGUCUCUGAUUUGACUGCAAAUCUGAGUAGAAAACAAAUUAACAUAGAGGAAGACAUAACACAAAUAUUGUCUGAACACUAUGAAGCAAAACUUGUGUGUGAGAGGAAACCUGAAAAGUAUGAGAAAAUAAGCGUGCAAGGUGAUUAUAGCAAAUAUUGGAAAACGAGCUGGACAAAGACUGUUAGAGCGGUUUUAACUACUUUACCACCUGAGACACAAGAACCAAUAAGGCAACUGAUCCUUACUGUCAUUGAGCAAACUAAAGACCUGGUUAAAUCAAAACCAGUUACAAAGACAGGCUACAAUCCAGCCUACAUUCAAGAGAUUGUUCUACUGGUAAAAAAGGCAGUGGAUGAACACCAGUCCCCAUACUAUGAGUUGAACAAAAAGUUCUCAGUGGAUCUGUCUCUGCAUGUGUGUGCCACUGCAAAAACAGAGUUUGAAAAGUUACACAAGAAAUUUGAAAAGAGCUUUGAUCCAUUAAUCUAUCUGGAGAAAAUGAAACCCGAAUACUACAGUGUUUUUCAGAAAUCCUGCCAAGGUGCCACAUCUACAGCAGUAUUUGGAGGCUUAAUCUGCAGGCAGCUUGGAGAGUCUAUCCUGCAGAGUGUGUACAACAGGAGUGCCAAUGAUCUGGCUGAUGAAAUGAAGUCAAACUGCCCAGAAUUUAAUGGAAACAGGUCAAACCUGGAGAAACACAUUCUCAGAUCACUUGCAGUAGAGGAGAACUUUGAAAAGUUUAUGACCUACAUCUUGACUCCUAGGGAACACUUUAAGAGCUUUAUUAAAGAUGUUGUAAGAGAUUUCAUGAGAAAAGAAAACCCCAAUGCUCUUGCUCGGAUUAAAGAAAUUGUUCAACACAAACAGCAGUGUGUAAUCACUGCAGCAGAAACGGCAACUGAAGAAGUGACAAAGAACAAAGGAGAUGCAAAUAUCUGGUUGGAAAAGUUCCGCUGUGGUCUCAACAAAGAUGAGCUUGAAUAUAAUACAGAGCAUCUGAGUGGAAAUAACUGUGAAGACAUCAGUGAUUUUCAACUGCUUACAGACGUAGUGAGAAAAGAAAUUUCCUUCAUUACUGAAGACCUGAAGAGGAAGUUAGACAGCAUGUCUGAUCUUAAAAUGGAGAAGUUCAGGAAGAGACCAGAUGAGAUUCUGAUUGAACAUUUUUGUCAAUGUUGUUGGGUUCAGUGUCCUUUCUGUAAAGCCAUCUGUACCCACACAAUGGAGGAUCAUGUUGGAGAUCACAGUGUCCCCUUCCAUCGAAAUAUUGGAAUAAAUGGAUGGUCUUACAGAGGAACAGAUAACUUUAGCCUCUCUUUUUGCACAUCAAGAGUAGCAAGUGAUAAUAAAUUUUGGGUUUCUGAACAGGAAUUUCCUUGGAAAGAAUACAGAAAAGCAGGAGGUGUAUAUGAGACCUGGAGCAUCACCCCUGACGUUUCUGAGCUGCCAUACUGGAAGUGGUUUGUGGGUAGAUUCCAGAAGGAUUUGGAAAACCAUUAUAAAAAAACAUUCCAGGGACAAGGUGAAAUCCCUGGACAAUGGAAAACAUACACAAAGGAAGAUGCUGUUGAGAGCUUGAAUAAAUACAUAUAAUUAAGCAUGUACACAUUAGGGAGCAUAACGUUAGCUGGUUUCAUGGCAACAGUGCAGCUGCCUCAAACAAACAUAAUAUAGGACCGUCUUUCAGGUGUUUCGCCAAAUUCCAGGUGUUUCCUCACUUUGUUUGAAAUGAACGAUCGCAUCGGUUGCACACCGGAAACUGAUACUAGCUUUCCUCUCUUUUCCUCUCAACGAGUCGGGGUGGAGCUAAACUUGUUAAGUUAAGCUAAUCUUCUGUAGUUUUUCCCGUGUGCUUGUAGGCGUUCCUCUUCACCACUUGUGGACCGACUGAAACACUUGCGCGUAUUUGCUGCCCCAUCAGGUCCGGAAGAAUCGCAACCACGGUACUUGCGGUACUUUCAUUACAAACGGUACUAACAGUACUGCAGAAAAACAAGUACCGUCACUUUUUAAGAAAGUUGAUACCGACUUGGUACCGAAGUAUUGGUUCUCGUGACAUCCCUAGUACACAUACUGUACAAUAUCACCUAGAAAGCACAAAAUUUAAUAACGAACAAGACAUGCUGAUUUAAGUUACAGUGAGGAUACAUUCAGCUUUCUCUGAAACGCCUGCAUUACACUGAAAUGAUCAGAUCUAGUACCAAGCAACUAAGUAACAUUGACAUAGAUAACAAAACGUGAAAAAAAUUCACAUAUAAUCUUGCAUAUAAUUUCUGAAUUAAACAAAAAAAAACUUUACUUUUCAUUUGAAACUGUGAUUUGUUAUGUGAUGGUUAUGUCAUUAGUGACUAGUGUUUUAGAUGACAUUUUUACAAUCGUAAUUAGUAGCAUCAGUUGAUUCUAGUUCAGUAGAAACAGCUUUCAUUACAAAUGAUGUAUUUUUUUAUUAGAUUAAAAACAAGAUUAUAUCAUGUCUUCUACUUAAUAACUGAAAUGAAAAGACAUUACUCUUUAAUGCGAAUCUCUUUUAAUAGAAAAUGUAUGAUGUUAUAAUCAAGCAGAUUUUGAUUAAAGCUAUGUGAUAAACUCUUAAAACCUUUUUGGUGUUUUU